AUGGGUCCCUUACUUCUCGUCACUCUGCUUUGCUUUGUUAAUACAGCAUCUGCCGACCUCUUUGAGUACCAGGCAGAAAGCCAGCCUCUUCGCCCAUGUGAGCUUCGAAGGGCAAAGGCCUUUCAAGAAGGCGAAGACUAUGUCCCUCAGUGCUUGGAAGAUGGCCAGUUCAGGAACAUCCAGUGCAAGAAGAAAGAUACUUCCUGCUGGUGUGUAGAUGGCAACGGAGCUGAAAUAGCAGGGAGCAAGCAGACCGGAUCCUCAGUAGCUUGUUUAUCCUUCUGCCAGCUGCAGAAGCAGCAGAUCCUGCUUGGUCGGGUUGUCAACGGCAGCACAGCUUCCUACAUCCCACAAUGUCUGGAUUCCGGUGACUUUGACCCCAUACAAUGUGAUUCUGGCCUGGGUCAGUGCUGGUGUGUGGAUUCUGAAGGGAUGGAGGUUUAUGGCACGAGGCAGAGAGGGAAGCCUAAGCGAUGCCCUGGGAAAUGUGAGAUCCGAGACCGCCGCAUCCUGCACAACGUCGGAGAAAAGAGCCCGCCCCAGUGUUCAGCUGAUGGAGAAUUCCUGCCUGUCCAAUGCAAGUUUAUCAACACAACGGACAGGAUGGUCUUUGACCUUGUUCACCAUUUUAGCAGAUUCCCAGAAGCGUUCUUGACAUUCAGAUCCUUCAGCCGCAUGUUCCCAGAAGUCUCUGGGUACUGUUACUGCGCUGACAGUCUAGGGCGAGAGCUGGAGGAUACUGGUCUAGAAAUGCUACUUGAGAAUGUUUAUGACACUAUUUUUGCAUCGCUGGAGCCUGUUCCGUCUUUCGCUGAAACCAGCAUGUACAGAAUCCUGCAGAGACGCUUUCUGGGAGUUCAAUUGGCUACAACUGGCAGAUUCAGAUGUCCCUCCAAGUGUGAAACCGAAAGAUCCACCGCCAUUCGUUUUGAACAGAGUUACAGGCCAACUUGUGAUGAUAAUGGAGCCUAUGAGACAACCCAGUGCCAGCUGGAUGGGCAGUGCUGGUGUGUGGAUGCCAAUGGGCAGGAACUUCUUGGCACAAGAAAGAAAGGGCAGGAUUUAUCCUGUGGCAAGGAACUUACCUGUGUCUCUGAGAGACGGCGAGCUCUCUCCAGGUUGUUUUAUGGCCCCAUCAGACGCUUUGGCCAGGACCAUUUAUUCUCCUCCACUCAAGAGCCGCAGCGGAUAGCCGAGUCCUCAAGAUCUUGUCCUCCAUCAUUCAAGGAGCUGUUUGUGGAUUCAGGCCUGCUGUCUUCCAUCAUAGACAAACCAAGUGAUUCUCAGCUGCUCGCCCUGGAAUCCACCAUCAGCGAAGCUAUCGGAGGGAUGUUUCCUUCGAGAGAUCUUGCUCGCAUCGCCCUCCGCUUCACCAGCAACCCCAAGUGGUUCCAAGAAAACCUGUUUGGUGGGAAGUUCUUGAAGAACGUGGUCCAGUUCAACUUCACAGGAGCCCUUGGCCCCAAUGGCAAAUUUAAUUUGGACCAGUAUUUCCGGCAGAGAGGGGUGAGCGGUGGAUUCAGUGAACUGGCUCGACGACUUUCUCUGGAAAUCCCACCAGAGAGGUUCAAUCUGAGCCAGCCUGUCAUAGACAGUUUUGGCCGCACUGUCAAUUUGCAGGACAACCAGAAUGCCGUCAGAUCUCUAGCUUCCCUCCUUGAAGCCCCAGAGUUCUUCGUAUUUUUGCAACACGUGGUUUCGGUCCCCGAGAGCAUUGCCGAAGAUUUGGGUGACGUCGUGAGGAUUGCGCUGAGAUCCAAAGACUGCGCAGAGGAAGGCAAGAGUUUGUUUGUCCCGGUUUGCACAGAAGCAGGGAACUACGAAGAAGUGCAGUGCUAUGCGGGUGCUUGCUGGUGUGUGGACUCACGUGGCAAAGAGAUCCUGGGAUCCAGAGUCCGUGGCUCACGCCCAAGGUGCCCCACCCUGUGCGAAAAGCAGAGGGAAGACCUCCAACGCUUGCAAAGACUCCAGCCGGCUGGUUCUGAGCUGUUUGUUCCUUCAUGUACCCAGGAAGGGAAAUUCCUGCCGGUUCAGUGCCAUGGAAGAAAUUGUGUCUGCUUCGAUUCUGAAGGCAGGACUAUUCCUGGAAAAGGUGCAACUGCUGAACAGCCCUUGCAGUGUCCGAGUGAUUGCCAGCUAGCAGGCGGUCGGGCUUUCCUGAGAACUGUGCAGCAACUUCUACUGGAACCUUCGUCCCUGCCUAAGCUGUCCAGCGUCUACAUCCCACAGUGUGGUCUCGAUGGUCGGUGGAGGCAGGUCCAAUGCAAUGGCCCCCCGGAACAAACUUUUGAGUGGUAUCAAAGGUGGAUCAGCCAGAAUAAUAAUGGCAGGGCUCUUCCUUUCGGUGAUUUGGUGGGCAUCCUGCUCAACUAUAAAGAGAGAUCUCAGCAAAGCUUUGAAGACUUCGUCAAAAUCCUUUACAGUGCCGGCCACCAGAAGGUCUUUCCAGAGUUUGCCAAAUUUCCUUCCUUUGACGAAGUUCCUCAAGAAGUGCUGGAAGGCAAGACCACAGGAGGUCCAUCACAGAAUGUCUUGCUGGAGCCGUUCACGUUUUGGCAGCUCCUUCAGGGACACCUCACUCAUUACCCAGGAUCUUUCAGCGAUUUCAGCACCCUGCUAGGACACUUUGACCUUCGCAAUUGCUGGUGCGCUGAUGAAAGGGGGCAAAUGCAAGGAAAGGAAGCUGAUGUGAACAAGAUCCCGGACUGCCCUGGAGAGUGUGAAGCCACCAAGCGAGACGCCAUGCAAUUCGUUAGCAAAGUGGAGCAACUCAUUAAGGACUCCAACAGCUCCCACUUUCCUUUUGGGCAGAGUUUUUUAGUAGCGAAAGGCAUCACACUGACAGAUGAAGAGCUCCUGAGCGAUAUUUCUCCAUCGGCGAGCAUCACGAUUUCAGAAGGGCUGCUGACCGGAAGCGAUUACGCCAUUCGGCUGGCUGCGCAAUCGACCUUGCGUUUCUAUUGGAGGAGUUUCUCCACAUCCCAGAAUUCCUCAGGAGAGGCCGUGCGCUUGGGAUUUCAGCCUUACAUCCCCCAGUGUGAUGGGCUGGGGAACUGGCUACCUGUCCAGUGUUAUGACAGCUCAGAUUCUGUUGAAGAACCGUUUGAGGAGGGGACUGGUGCCUAUGCUGUGCUACAGAAGUCAGAAACCAGGGCCUGGUGUGUAGAUCCAACAUCUGGCGAAGCCUUUCAGCAGAGCGACGUUGAUGCAAAUGGCAGAGCUCACUGCCCCAGUUACUGCAAGAUGCUGGAGUCCAAGGCUCUCUUGCGGGAAAUGGGUCGAGGUUACAUCCCUCAGUGUGAAGGCAGCAGUGGGGGGUUCUCACCCGUGCAACGGACCGAAGACCAGGAAAGCAGCUGGUGUGUCUUUGAGAAUGGAGAGGAGGUUCCUGGAACACGAAUCAAUGGAAAAAAGCUUUCAUGCGAACGUCCUCGGUGCCACCUGCCUUUUGAUGCCCCUUAUGUCACCAACGGUGGCGUUUUCUGCGGUGUCUCCGAUGAUGCUCCGACAACUCAGAAAUGCCAAGUGAUUUGCUCUCCAGGCUUCCACAGUGUCGGAGAAGAGUUGCUGCUCUGUGAUACGGAGACUGGCCUCUGGCUAGGAGAUCCAGCCCAUUCCCAGACCUGCCAGAGGCUCCAGCCGUUCCAGAGCGUUCAAACUCAAACCCACUUCCAACUCGUCUUGCCUCCUGAGAAGACCUGUGGUCCAGACUUUUCCAAGAUGCUAGAGGCAUUCCAGAUCUUUAUUCUGGAUGAGAUGAAGGCCCGUGGCUUUUGUCAUAUUCAGGUAAAUGCUUUUGGACACCUGGUGUCUGUUCCUGUCUGCGAUGAUUCUUCUGUGCUGGUCCAGUGCCUUGCUGCUGACCGUCUAGGAGUGAACAUCACCUGGAGAGCUUUUCUUGAGGAAGUCCCAGCUGCUUCACUUCCAGAUUUGCACAACAUUGAAAGAGCAAUGGUUGGGGACAAUCUCGUUGGGCGCUUUGAGGCACUGGUCAAGAGUGGCGGCUUUGUCCUCCAAUUGGGCCCUGGGCAAUUCCAAGCAGACACUUCCAUCAGUUUCCUCAGGAAUGGCACAUCUCCUGAAGUCCGCCUGGGAUGCAGAAGUGGCUUCCGGAAGGUUUUCAAUGCUGGAGAAGUUGCCCCAAGUCUCCAAGGAUGUGUGGUCUGCCCUCCAGGCACCUCCUUCCAGAACGAUGGCUGCCUUCCAUGCCCCUCUGGAUUCUAUCAAGAUCAAGCGGGAAGUUCCUCCUGCAUCAGAUGUCCUCUCGGGAAAACAACUGUCUCUGCUGGAGCCUUCAGAGCUGAGCACUGUGUCACUGACUGCCAAAGGGAUGAACGAGCUGUGCGGUGUGAGGAAAACGGUCAGUACAGGCCUUCCUUUGAAGACCCUGCUACUAACAAAUCUUUCUGCAUGGAUAGCCUUGGAAACAUAUUGGACUGGACCGAAACAGAUGGCCCAGUUACAGACUCCCAGUGUUCAGUCUUCAGGCGCUUUGAGAGAGUUCCUGCUUCCAAGCUCUCCUUCACGACAGAAGAGGUAGAAACGAUUGGAUCCAAAACCACCCCAGGAGAACCUGAGAGUGUGCUCCAACAGUGCAUGGCAGAGUGUGAGAAGGACGAGUCAUGUGGGUUCCUCACCUUGUCUGCUGCUGGGACGGGGACACUGUGUGAGCUGUACAGCGCUCGGGAGAGCAACUACAAUUGUUCCACCUCUGGACUGGUUCAAGGUGCUUGGGAUAACGUUGCCACCACAAGCGUGGCUCAUCUCAGCUGCCUGGUUAAAGUGAGAAGCCAAGAUAAGGAUGGAGUGAGAGUGUACCUGAAGAAAGGACAAGAGUUCAUGACAGCUGGAGUCAAGACUUUUGAGAGGACUGAUUUCCAGGAUGUUGUUUCUGGCGUGUACCGCAAUCUGGUCCUCUCAGCAGCUGGUACAUCUUUGACCGAUGUUCAUCUCUUCUGCCGCCAGGCCUGCAGCCAAGAUGCUUGCUGUGAUGGGUUUAUCUUGAGCCAGGUCAUACUUGAUGGAGGUAGCAUCAUAUGCGGCCUGAUGAGCUACCCAGACACAUUCAUCUGCAACGUUAAUAGCUGGGAUGCAAGCUCGACGCGUGAACGAGGCGAUGCCUGCCAAAAAGUAAAGUACAAUACUGGGAAGACGCAGUAUGCCUUCAGUUUGGGAGGCCAAGUUCUCACAGGGUCUUCCGAGCCAACAGAAAAAGCCAACAGUCCCUUCUCCAGCUUUCAGCGUGUUUAUCUAUGGAGAGAUUCCAACAUGAUGACCCGAGUGAGGUCCGGCUCAUGUGACGGCGCUGUCUCUCCGACUGAGCCACAGCUUUCAGCUUCUGCAAGGGAAUUCUUUUCUCUGAUGGAAAGCAGCCAAAUCCUGAUCGACCACAAUCGUUCCCUACCGUCCCAAGAGUACUGGCUCUUCAAGCCCAGAUAUUCAGUGGAGCAGGCUCUUUACUGGUGUCUUGCACGUUGUGUAGAAGAUGAGUUCUGCCAGCUGGUUGAUAUGCGCAACGACACAACUGGAACGUACUUCCCCUGCAUCCUCUAUCCAGCAGCCCAAUUUUGUGACAAUUUCAUUAACAACAUCCCUGAGAACUGCAACAUUGUGUUGCCUCGGAAGCCGCACCUUUUGUAUCAGAAGACAGUCUCUCUCGAAGGCGCCAUAAAGAACUUUUACACCCGCCUACCAUUCCGUAGAGUAUCAGGAAUCUCUGUGAGCAACAAGAUGGAUGUGUCUGGAAAAACUGUAUCGAACGGGUUUUUCGACUGUGAGCAUCUCUGCGACGCUGAUCCUUGUUGCUUGGGCUUUGGACUUUUAAAUGCUUCCCAAGGAACAGGCGGCAAGGUCUCGUGCUUGGUUCUGAACAGUUUGGGAAUCCAAACAUGCAGUGAGGAAAUAAGAAGCGACUGGCAGCUUUCAGAUUGCACAUCUGCAGAAACAGAAACCAGGGUCCAUCCCUUUGGUUGGUAUCAAAGAACAGUUAAAGUCCCCACCGUCUGUCCACCUGUUGUUCUACCCAGAAGGCAAGAAAAUGUGAUUUUGGACAACUGGCAGCGUGUGGACAGGGCCUCAGUUCUCAUCGAUUCCUCCAUUUCAAAGAUUGACAUUCUGCACAUCAGCAGAGAUGGUUCCAGUGAUUUUGCCACCUUGCGAGACUUUUGCCUUUCAGCCUGCUCCAAGGACAAGUCAUGCUUGGUGACUACUCUUGAACCACAGCCUUCAGUGAUGCGAUGCAUAUUUUACCCAGAAACCCAGACUUGCACACUUGGCCUUGAAGGCCCCCACUGUCGACUUUUGCUGAAGGAGCCAGCUACCUAUAUUUAUCGCAGGCAAGAGGCAUUCCUGUCCGUUGCUGAAACAAGUGCUGCUCCCUCCGUCCACAUCCCAUCACAAGGAACCUUGUUUGGCACUUCUCAAGCAAUUCGUGUGGGUUCCAGCUGGAAAAGGAUCAGGCAGUUCCUUGGGAUUCCCUAUGCACGUCCUCCAGUGGCUGAGUACAGGUUCCGUCCUCCACAAGCUUUCAUCCGGGAGGAGUCCUGGAACGCUUCCACAACUCGGGCGAGUUGCUGGCAACCAGGGGAUGAUGGAGCUGCUCUUUCCUCCAUCAGCGAAGACUGCUUGUAUUUGAACAUUUAUGUCCCACCUAAUACUGGUGGAAAUCUACCAGUGCUGGUGUUCUUUCACAAUGGUGUAAGUGGUGAGGAUGUCAAGGCUCAGAGGACACUCAUCGAUGGCUCAUACCUAGCUGGAACUGGCAAUGUCAUCGUUGUAACUGCGAACUACCGAGUUGGAGUCUUUGGCUUUCUAAGCACUGGUUCCACAGUGGCAAGUGGAAACUGGGGGCUUUUGGACCAGGAAGCAGCUCUAAAAUGGACCCAGAAAAACAUUGAAAGUUUUGGAGGAGACCCUGGUCAGAUUACAAUCGCAGCUGAUCGCAGCGGAGCAGAUGUUUCCAGCAUUCACCUGGUUACAGGGACUGUGGAUUCUGGGCUCUUCAAGAGGGUGUUGCUGAUGGGAGGUUCUGCUUUUUCUCCUGCUUCAACCAUCAGUCAGGAGAAAGCACGGGCACAAGCUUCCAUUUUGGCUCAUGAACUGGGAUGCCCUUCAGCCAGCAGCGAAGAAACUGUAUCCUGCCUCCGCCAGUUGCCUGCCAAAGUCCUCAAUGAUGCACAAACCAGGCUCCUGGCUAUAAGUGGACCAUUCCAGUACUGGAGCCCAGUCGUUGAUGGGGUCUACCUCCAGGAGCCUCUCACAGUAGCUCUGCAACGUUCUCGACCUUCGGAGGUGGACCUGCUGAUCGGAAGUGCUCAACAAGAUGGGCUGAUCAGCAGAGCAAAGGCAAUUAAGCGAUUCGAAGUAAGCCAAGGUCGCGUCAACAGCAAGGUAGCCUUUUAUCAGGCUCUCCAAAAUUCCCUGGGCGGAGAAGACGCCGAUCCUGCCGUUCUGGACGCAGCCACCUGGUUUUAUUCCCUGACGCACUCCUCCACCGAGUACGCCUCAUUUUCGAGGGCUUUGGAAAACGCCACACGGGACCAGUUCAUCAUUUGCCCCACAAUAGACAUGGCUCGUCACUGGGCUGGAAAUGGCAGAGGGCAAGUCUUCAUGUACCAUGUUCCAGACACCUCCUCCCUGAGCAGCUCAAGCCUGGAGUUACUGCCUGAUGUCCAGUAUGCCUUUGGGCUGCCUUUUCAUCCCCAGUAUGAAAACCAGUAUACUCCGGAAGCGAAGACCCUCUCCUUAACGGUCAUGCAGUUCCUAGCCAACUUCAUAAGAUCUGGAAACCCAAAUGGCCCUUAUAAGUUCUCCAGAAAAAUGACUGGGGUUGCAUCCUCUUGGCCUAUGUUUCGAGCAGAUGCUGAUGGUGACAACUAUAAGGAAUUUACCGCUUCCUUUGAGAACCACAAAGGGCUGAAGAAGGCCGAAUGUUCAUUCUGGUCCGAUUACAUCAAAACCCUCAAAAGUACCUUGAGCUGCAGACGAGAGCCGCUCAGCACAAGCAAGCCUAGCAGUGAAUUUCUUUCCAAAACCACCCAGAAGAAGCCACUUGGAGACAAGGUGGCCUACAAGAAAUAGAACCAAACACUUCUAUUGAUUUUGGAUCGGCUGGAUGAAAUCAAAUCACUACAGAUCUGCGAGGGGUUGGAAAUCAUCUCGCUAAAUCACAAAAGCGUGUCUGCAAUAGAUUACUGAAAUUUCAAGUAUGGUUGCCGUCGACACAAGAUGGGCAGGCCCCAAAAGCAUACAGACACUGCUCCAUCCAAUGAAUCACAUGUGCUGGGUAUCGGUACAUCAAAUUGAAAUUGUAGCACUCAAUAAAGCUUCAAAAACCUUUUAAA